GUUUCAUACUCCUCCAGACUGAACUGUCAGUUUGGCUGAGAACCUGAGACUGACAACUGCAUUCUUGGCACAGGAGUUACAGUGAUGUUUGAAACAUUUCCUUGCCUGUUCCUUCUCUUCUGGCUGGGCUUUUGUUCUGCCUCUAGAAGUGAUAAUGUGGUGGUCACUAGCACUGGCCCGAUCCAGGGGAAACACGUCAUGACAGAAUCUGGCAUGGUGACAGCUUUCUUGGGAAUUCCUUAUGCGGAACCUCCUGUGGGCGAACUGCGUUUCCAGAAGCCCCAUCUCCAUCAGCCUUGGAGCCAUGUCAUGAAGACCACCAGCUUUGGAAAUUCCUGCUACUCUGAGGAUUCACCUAUUUCCAACUAUCACAAAGCAAUAUACUCAGAACCCAUCUUGCCAGUCUCUGAGGACUGUCUGUUCCUCAACAUCUGGGUGCCUCAACCCCAGCCAUCUGUCCCAGCCUCUGUUCUUGUCUGGAUCCAUGGAGGUGGCUUUUACAUGGGCACAGGCUCUAGUGAUAGAAGCUUGCUGGCUGCCACUGAGAACAUCAUUGUGGCAUCUAUGAACUACCGUCUGGGCUCCCUGGGAUUUCUGGCUCUACCUCCAGGUGCUCCAGGGAAUGCUGGGUUGUGGGACCAACACUUAGCACUGAGUUGGCUGAAGGAAAACAUAGCUGCCUUUGGGGGAGAUCCAACUCGGAUAACCAUAGGGGGUCAAAGCACUGGGAGUGCAUCAGUGGGUUUCCAUCUCCUCUCACCAGUGAGCCAAUAUCUCUUUGCUCAGGCAACUUUACAAAGUGGAGCUGCCAUUGCCUACUGGGCUUGGGUGAAUCCUGAAGAGGCUAAGGUCAGAGCAAGAACUCUAGGCCAGAUGUUGGGCUGUGUAGAGAAUGAUGACAUAGAUGUGGUAAACUGCCUGAAAAGGAGGGAUCCGGGAUUGCUCAUGCAGAAGAUUGCUCAUGCUAUUGAUCCAAAGACUUUGACAGACCUUGUUUUUGUGCCAACAACAGAUGGGGAAUUCCUUCCAGAUAGCCCUCAGAACCUUUUGGAAGCCUGGAGUAUUCCAUUCAAGCCCAUCUUGACGGGCUUCACCCCUGAUGAGAGUACCAUAUUCCUCCCAAAUAAUGCUCCUGGUUUUAGUUUAUCCAGCGAGAGCCUGAUCAGUCAUAAGCAGUUAUUGGAGGGCCUCCAUCUUGUGGCACCAAAGGCUUCUGACAGUGCUGUUGAGGCUGCAGCAUUGAUCUAUACGCAACAGAAAGAUGGGGAUGAGCGAUAUCGCAAUGCAAUGAUCAAAGCUUCAGGGGACCAUAUCUUCUUGUGCCCUAUGGCUGAAUUGGCCACGCGGAUGGCAGAAGCUGGAAGCUCAGUUUUUGCCUACAUCUUCACUCACCGGCCCCCAUUUCCAGGAAUGCCUGACUGGUUUGGGGUGCCCCAUUGUGCUGAGUUGCCUUAUCUUUUUGGUAACAUACUAUCUCUAUCAGGAAGCAAUUUAACAGACACAGAGACUGAAACGAUACUGAGCCAAAGAGUUAUGCAUUACUGGGGACAGUUUGUGAGAACUGGAUCUCCUGAUGGGGAAAGUGGCAAAGAGUGGCUUCCCUACACAGGAGAGAAUUUUUUCCGCAUCGACACAGAGAUAGCUCAGCCUGAGGAAAUGUCACUCACCCAGUAUUGUGGAGUCUGGGACUGGAUGGAGCCAAAGUACCCACAUGGCCAGAAGGAGGAG